ACAUGUUGUUUUUGUUGUGUCGAAAAGGUGUUUUGCGAAGGAAGACCGACGAGCCGCAUUUCCAUAGGAAUUUCUCAAUAUUAUCACUCGAUUAGCGUUUAAAAGCAUGAAUAAUUUGUGGAAAUCGAUGUACCGGUUACGGAUGCACUCACGCAACCACACACUAGCGUACGGAAAAGUGUUAUGUGUACCACAAAGCACCACCACUACACACCAACCGGCAUCUGCUUCCUCGACCGAAGCCGGUGUUCCGAAGGAGAAGCUAGUGAUACCAACCAGAAUCGAACGUGGGCCAACCGACAUUCUGAUGGCGCUUUCCGCCACCGUUGGGUUCGACCCGACUGCACCACACUACAAAUAUCAUGACGAUCCGUACUUGAUACCGACCUCGAACGCGAACAAGAAAACGUUCGCCUUGGCGCAGGAAGCCGGACGGAAGGCAGCCCACUGGAUACGGCAGGAGAACGCACAUCUGUUCCAGCACAAGGAAGCCGACCCACCGGUCCAAGCGUUCGCACCGACGAUGGUGUACAAUGAGGAGAGCAAGGUGGAAACGACCGAUCUGCAGAAGCUGGUGGACAGUGUCGAGGUGAAGGAUGCGAUACUCGUCUACAAUCUGCUGAAAAAGAGCGGUAUAGAGGUUGGAGAUGAGCUGAAGCAGCAGCUGCUGGAGCUGGUGUGCUUCUACAACCACGAAGAUACACUUCCGGAACAGUUCAUCGAAGAGCGUUGGUUCCGCCAGGGUACGGUGGGCCGUGAAAGACAACGCAAAACGUGGAAGGAUUUUGAGCUAGCGGAGGAGCUAUUUCAUGGGCUGGAAACGAAGCGUCCGGAACACUACUGCGCGAUGAUCCGUGGGAUGGCUCGAUUCUUCCAGGUAGAAAAAGCGUGGGCCUUAUACCAGGAAACGAUCGAGAAGGGUAUCGAGCUGGACACGAACACGUUCAACAGCCUGCUGCACAUAGCAUCGUUCCUGAAGGAAAGCUACGACAAGCGGUGGGACCUGGUGUGCGAAGUUAUGACCACCAUGAAGCAGCAGCAACUGCGGCCGAAUCUUGGCACGCUCAAUGGCAUCCUGCAGACGGUGACGACUAUCGGUGGGUACAAUCAUCCCCGCACGUACGCACUGAAAACGUUGGCCGAGUUUAAGAAGCUCGGCAUCGAACCGUCGCUUGCCACCUGGUACUAUCUGCUGGUGAUCUUCUGCCGCGAGCGAGGCCCCGUCAGCCAUGUGCUGCACGACAUCAUGAACGAAAUCGAGGGCAAAGAGUUUACCAUUCAGGAUCCGAAGGAUACGUUCUUCUUCGUGACGGCGAUGGACGUGUGUCGCAAUCAUCUGCACGAUAAGGAGCUUGCCAAGCGGGUGAACCAGUUGCUCCAUCACGGCGAGAACUACAACCUGAUUGGGGAUUCGUACAAAGAAUCGAUCUACUACCGGCACUACUUCACGCUGCUCGCUACAACGGAACCACUGGAAAGCUUCCUCGAAACGUACCAUCUGCUCGUGCCGAACGUGUACACGCCGGAACCAUCGGUUAUGGAGGACAUUUUGCGUUCGGUUGAGAUGACCACCGCCAUCGAGCACAUACCGCUGCUAUGGUCACACAUGGUACAGUUCGAUCAUACGAACCGGGAAAAUCUAGUCAAUCUGUUGCUGCACAUUAUGGUCACGAACGAACCUUCGACGGACGAUCCGAAGCAUGCCGAUCUGGUUCAGCGGUUCGCUAACAUCGCCUGGGACAUGUGGAACCGAAUGGAGGAACGUGCGGCUGCACCGCGAGCCACCACGUCCACCGGUAUGCCUGGGCCGAUGCUGGGUGAUGUUUUGCUGCUGUGUUCCCGCGCCGGUGAUUACGAGAAAGCGUCGGCCGUGUUCACGAAACUAAGCAAGGAACAGAACUCGAUCGUGGGUGAACCGAGAGUGGAUGGGCUGCGCGAGUUCGUUAACCUUUGCAUCGCCAACCGAACACCGUCGGUUGCGAUUCAGUGUCUGCAGUACUGUAGCGAGAACGGUUUUCCGGAGAGCGUGGAUAUUGGUCGUCAUAUUUUCCGCUCGUUUGCAUUGGACCAGUCGCAGGUGUCGAAGAUACGUAGUCUUGUCGGUGCGGAAGCAGUUAAGCCGGUCGGUACGAAGGAAGAGGCAGCUGGAAGCGAAUGAGGUGAGAACCUUAACAUAAACAAGCCAGUAACAUUUAGCGGAGGUGAAUAAAAUUAAACACCCAAUCAAAAG